AUGAACAACUCUUCUGACGCUAGGGUUUCUCCGAACCAAGAUGAACCCGUUAGGGUUUCUUCCGACGAUACGGACAAGUUUCCCCUUUCCGAUAGCAAAUCGUUGUUGUUAGAAUUCGACGAGUACGUUGCUUCAGAGAGAAAUAUUGAUACGGGAACGGGAACGGAUCUAGGGUAUGGUUUUGAAGUUGGCGAUUUGGUUUGGGGGAAAGUGAAAUCGCAUCCCUGGUGGCCUGGGCAUAUUUAUAAUGAAGCAUUUGCGUCUCCGUCGGUGCGCCGCGCGAGGCGAGAAGGUCAUGUUUUGGUGGCGUUUUUUGGUGAUAGUAGUUACGGAUGGUUUGAGCCGGAGGAGCUUAUUCCGUUCGAGGCGAAUUUCGCUGAGAAAUCUCAACAGACGUAUUCCAGGACUUUUAUUAAGGCGGUGGAGGAAGCGGUUGAUGAGGCCAGUAGGAGACGGGGGCUUGGUUUGGCUUGUAAGUGUAGAAAUGGUCAGAAUUUUCGGCCCGUGAAGGUUAAGGGUUAUUAUUCUGUUGAUGUGUUGGACUAUGAGCCGGGAGGGGUUUAUUCGGAGAGUCAGAUUAGGAAUGCGAGGGAUAGUUUUGAUCCGCUUGAGACUCUUGACUUUGUUAGAGAGUUGGCUCUUGCUCCUCUUGAGGAAGAGCAUGGGAGUAUUGGGUUUGUUCAGAAUAAGGCUACGGUUAAUGCUUAUAGGAAGGCGGUGUUUGAGCAAUAUGAUGAGACUUAUGCUCAGGCUUUUGGAGUGCAGCGGGCCAGACCUUCUCGGCCUCAGAAUGCUCCCAUCAAUCAACCUGCAAGGCAGCCUACUAAAGCUCCGUUGACUGGUCCCUUGGUGAUAGCAGAAACUUUGGGUGGUGGGAAAAGCACUGCCAAAUCUGUUAAAUUUAAGGAUAAUCCAAAAAAGGAUAGGUACCUUUUUAAGCGAAGAGAUGAUCAAAGUAAUUCUUCCCAAUUAACAUACAAGGAGGAAAUACCUGAUACAGCUGGGCAUUAUGUGUUUCAGAAUAGGUCUCCACCUGUGCCUGUGAUACCUCCCAGUUUAGAAAAUCGUGCAGACUCUGGAUUUGUUAGUCAUGAUGGUGCAACUUCAACUUCUGAUGCCAAAGAAGCUUCAAGGAGUCAGGUUAAAGCAGAAAACAGUGGUCUUGCACCCCAACUUAUUUCCUUAGAUACAAAACCUCAUGUUGAAAAGGGGAAGAUGGCCUACUCUGAAGAAACGACCCAUAGCUUUGAACAAGAUGAUACUUCAAGUAAAAAUAUUGUUGGGUCUGAUUUGUCCGGGGAGUUGACAUUGCAAAGCACUGUUGAUGAGACAUCUCAAUCAUCCCAUCCGGAGAGCAAUAUUCAUGUGAAUGUUGAACAUGACAGGGCUGUAAAACUGUUAGAACCAUGUGAAAAUUUGAAGCAACCAGAGCAAGGAAUUCCAACUGUUGUUGAUGGAGGAAAAGACACACAUCAAGUUAAGAGGGAAAAUAAUUCAUCUGUUGAAGCAAAGCAUCGGGAAACUAUCGCAGCAAAGAAGAUAAAAGGCCAUAAGCGACCUGCAGAUGACAUGAACUCAAAGACUGCUGUUAUUGAGGAGAGAAAGAAAAAAAAGAAAAACAGUCUAAACGUACAGACGACGUCAGACCAUUUGGAGAAACAUUCUACUUCUGUAAAAUCUGUACACCAUUCAGGAAAUUUAACAGGGAAAUCUGUCUUUACCACUUUGCCUCCUAGGGAAGGUAUUCAACCAGAACAAAUGCAGGUAGAAUUCAGUGCUCGCAAUUUGCUGCCUGUGGAUACCUUAGGUGAUGUAAAUUUGGAAGUGCCGCAACUUUUAGGUGAUUUGCAAGCACUUGCUCUCAAUCCUUUCCAUGGCAUUGAAAGGAGGAUUCCUGUAGCUGUUCGCCAGUUCUUCUUGCGGUUUAGAUCCCUUGUUUACCAAAAAAGCUUACCGUCAUCACCACCAACAGAGAAUGAAGCUCCAGAAGUCCGUGCUGCCAAAUCUUCUUCCGAUGUCAAAACAUCUGACAAUUCUGAGGAUCAUGUCAGAGCUUCUCCAAUUGUAAAACCUGUAAAAAAUGUUCGGCCUGAUGAUCCUACAAAAGGUGGGCGGAAAAGGCUCCCCUCUGAUCGCCAAGAAGAAAUUGCUGCAAAGAGGUUGAAGAAAAUCAAGGAUAUAAAGGCUCUAGCUGCUGAUAAGACAGCUGCCAAUCAGAAAACUUCUGAAGCUCGGCGAGAAGAUAAGGCAACUUCAAGUCAGAAGAUUUUGGAAGCUCGGCGAGAAGAUAAGACAUCUUCCACUCAGAAAACUUCUGAAGCUAGGCGAGAAGAUGGGAAAGAACCUGUAUCCCAGGCUCCAUCCAAGUUUGUGAAACCAGACUCGGCCAAAAAAAUUAAGUCGCCCACCACAUUGGUGAUAAAGUUUCCUCCCGAAACAUCCCUUCCAUCUGUGCCAGAGCUGAAGGCUAGGUUUGCUCGCUUUGGACCAAUGGAUCAAUCGGGUUUCCGUAUAUUUUGGAAAUCAUUAACUUGCCGUGUUGUUUUCUUAUACAAGGCUGAUGCACAAGCUGCGUUUAAAUUUUCCGCAGCAAACCCAUCCUUAUUUGGCAGCACAGGCGUGAAGUGCUCCCUUAGGGAUGAUUCUGCAUCUGAAGCAUCUGAAGCUACCCAGGUUCGGGGAGAUGACAGAGCCAAUGAAAUACUUCGUGUUAGGGAUCCUGCAGCAGCUCAGCAACUGACAUCACAGAAACCUCUAGUUCCACAGUCAACAGUCCAGCUCAAAUCCUGCUUGAAGAAAUCUACUGGCGAUGAGUCAGGUCAGGGUACUGGUAAUGGAAGUAGUAGUAGUAAAGGAAACCCUCGUGUAAAAUUCUUGUUAGUUGGGGAAGAAAGUAGUAGUAGGGGGGAGCUAGUAAUGGUGGGUAAUAAAAACAACAAUUUAUCUGAUGCUGGUGCACCUGUUGCAACGGAUUUUAUUAGUAAGAAUAUUCAAAAGGUCACUACUACUACUACUACUACUAGUUCACAACCACCGCUGUUGCCCACUCCUCCCCAGUUUAUAAAAUCCCCACAACAAAAUUUGCGUAAUUCUGAAUUGGCAAUGGCAUCUAGAAACAACCCCAAUUUUAUUAACACACCAACUACGUCAGCCACGGUUGAUAUAUCACAGCAAAUGAUAAGCCUUUUAACAAGAUGCAGUGAUGUUGUUACUAAUCUGACGGGUGUAUUAGGUUAUGUCCCGUACCAUCCACUUUGA